AUGCCAACAAGCCAAACGUGCGAGCCUCUUCCGGAAGUGUCUAAUGGAAAGGUGUUCGUAGAGAACGUCAAUUUCGGCGCUAUUGCCCGGUACGUCUGCGAGGCCGGUUACAAACCACGCGGCGAUCAGGCGAGGGUGUGCCAGGGAGAUGAGAAGUGGAGCGGAGUGGCACCCCAGUGCCUGCUGGACUAUCACAUAGAAAAAGUGGCAUGCGGGCAACCACCGGAAGUCGUGAACGCGGUCCACAACGGACAUCCGGACCGGAAGUCAUACGAGCUGGGAACCAUGCUUCAGUACGAGUGCUUGUCCGACUUCGCCAAAAGCCGGGACGCAGUUGUGCGAGCGUGGUGUGUGGGUGGUGGGGUGUGGGUGGGACCCACAAUGACAUGCUCCAACGCCGGAUGCCCACAGAUGGCGGAUGUCGCGAACGGACGGGUUGAGCAGCCGACGGAAAACGUCGUCGGCAGUCGGGCGGCCUUCCAUUGCGAUCCGGGAUACUUCCUCACGGGAAGACCGGAAGUCACUUGUCAAGGACGCGGUAAAUGGGACGGUGAACCCCCUACCUGCGAGAAAGCUAGGAGUUGCGGACACCCAGGCGAUAUCGAAAACGGCUGGCGUACCGGAUAUGCCUUCACAUAUCCAAACCGGGUCAACUACUACUGUCACGAGGGUUUCCUUCCACAUGGGGCCAACUUCCGGGAUUGCCAGGCAAACGGCACAUGGGCGGGACAGGUCCCGAAAUGUGAACCGGUUUCUUGUCCUCAAAUGUUUGCUCCAACACUCGGGAGGAUGUACGGCACCGGGAACACGUUUGGUACCGUUAUAAGAUUCGAGUGCGAUCUACAACACCGGGUUGUUGGUUCGAGCGAACGGCGUUGUCAAGCCGACCGGACCUGGAGUGGAACUCCCACAAGAUGUGAAGAAAUAAACUGCAGAUGGCCAGGGCCCUUUUACAACGGGUACCUGAUCGGAGGAAACACCAAAGUUGGCUCAAUAAUCUUCUACAGCUGCAAGACGCACGCCACGUUCGAUGGUCACGCAUUCCAGACGCGCUGCCUGGAGACGGGGCAGUGGUCAGACCCUCCACCAAUCUGCUGGACCCCAUGCAGUCAACAACCACCGCACGUUCACAAUGGUAUGCGAGUGUUCUUUGGAAACCAAGAUGGCGACCAAGCAAGAUAUAUUUGUUUCCCGGGUUACCGAUUAGCAGGAAUAAAUGGCACAUAUUUGACGUGCAGUUUGGGCCAUUGGGUCGGAGGAAGUCCGUAUUGUGAAGAAUAUUAUUGUCCUAACCCAGGGAGCAUUUCGCAUGGCAAAGUGUUGAAGAAAAUUGAUAACACCUUGAUUGCACCAUUUGAGUCCUAUAUCAAACGAAUAAAGCAUGGUCACAAGCUCGUAUUUCAAUGUCACGUGGGAUACACGUUAAAGGGUCCGGGAGGUGCAACGUGCGUAGAUGGCGUGUGGCAGCCACCGAUAGCUGACUCAGAAGAAAUUUGUGCUGUAGCAAUUCAUCCACCUUUCAGAAAUCUCUGGAAACCAAUAAGAAAUAAGAGAUUAUGAUAAAGAAUAUCACAGAAGGAACAUAAUAAAUAAGGUUGAAAACGAUGGUAUGUGCACAAAAUAGAAAAUUAAAAAAUAAAC